GAUGAUACAGCCCUGUAUAUACUUCUUUCAUAUAUGACAAUUUGAUGUCCUGACGCUGGUUUUUUGGGCAUCUCCCGUCCACGAAAGCUUACGCCAUCGAAUAGUCAUUUUCCUUCCUAGUCCCAAUACAAGCAGAUGCAAUGGCGGAAUCAGCGAGGCGGAAGAUGGGAUACUGGGAGCCGUUCAACUCCUGGUGGAGGGACUAUGUGGCGAAGUUUGAUAAGCGGCCAAACGUGAACGAAAUGAAGAGGUGGUAUGAUGCGAAUGCCAUACUGGCUUGGGGAGGCACCGGGCCGACUUGGGAGGAGACAAAGAAACACUCCAAAGGCAUGCGACGCCUGGAGGAUAUUCCCGAUUACUUCAGGAAAUAUCGCCGCUGCCGGAAGAAGAAGGCGGGAGGAACGGGAGAAUACAGCAGCGAUAGCGAGACAGACAACCAAGACUCCGAGACGCCGCGCAAGCAGCGGCCCCGCAGCAGCGGCGCCGCGGCUGGGCCAAGCAUGCCACAAGGCGCCCCUGCCGCCCUUGCUCCUGGAGCAGCCGCCACUGCAGCAGCAUCCCUUCUCGGGCUCCCCCUCGCCAGCCUCCAAAUCCUCAACACCCUGCGGGCACGCGCCGCGAGCCUCCAGGCCGCUGCUGCCGCUGGCAAAACCGACCAGCAGCCGCCGGUGCAAACGACGUUGGUGCCGCCGAACGCUACGCCACAGCAGCUCCAAGAGCUGCAGCUGCGGGGGCUGCUCCCGGGACUGCUCAGCCUAGCAAGCGCCAACGGCGCACCGUCGCAGGUAGCCAGCAUGCUAAGCGCGCUAACGCAGCCUGGGCGACUCGCGCCGGGCCUUCACCAGUCGGGCCCCGCCUUGCCCCAGCAAGCGGGCCCCGCCGUGGCCCAGCAAGCGGGCCCACAACAGCCCCUUCCCAAGCCACAGGACUCGCAGGAUGCUCCGGAACAGCAGCAGCCGCAGCAGCAGUUGAAGGAAGAGCCGCAGCAGCAGCAACCGCAACCGCAACCUGCACAACCACAGCUGCACCAACAGUUGCUGCAGUUGCAGCAGCUGCAGCAGCAGCUUCAACAUUUGCAGCUGCUGCAGCUGCAACAGAAACAACUCCAGCAGCAGCAGCAACAGCGGCAGCAGCAGGAGCAGUCACGACAGCAGCAGGAGAAGGAGGAACAAGAACGAAAGCAAGAGUCGCAGCAAGAAGGGGAGCGGGAGCAACAGCAGCAAGGGGAGGAGGAGCAGCAGCAACAAGAGCAACAGCAACAUCAGCGGAGGCAGCAGGGAGAACCCUCUCCGCAGCCAUCGCCGCUGCUUCCGCAAACCUCACCACAGCCGCCGCCUCAGCUUAUGGAAUCCUCUCCGCAGCAGCAGCUGCCACUUUCGGAAACCUCACCACAGCAGCCGUCGCAGCUACCGAAAACCUCUCCGCAGCCGACACCGCAGCUUCCCCAAUCCUCACCGCAACCGUUACCGCAGCUGCCGCAAACCUCACUGCAGCCGUUACCGCAGCUUCCCCAACCCUCUCCGCAGCCAUUACAGCAACCACCUUCACUGCCACCGCAGCUGUUGCUGCCACUACCUCCACCGCCACCGCAGCCGUUGCCGCCUCCACCACAGCAACCCAAGAAGCCUGCCCCCAAACGACCCACUCAGCAGCGGCGGCGGCGCGCUGCCUCUCCUCCGGCCCACAGUCCGCCGUCCUCCGGCACCACCCAGCCCCAGUUGCCUCGGCGCGCAGCGCCGGAGCAGCAGCAUGAGGAGGAAGAGGAGGUGGAUGACGAACAGCGGCAGCAGCAGCAGCAGCAGCUGGAGCAGGAACAUGCCACGGAGGCGGAUGUGGACAAGGUCUACGGACCCUACCUGGCCUCCAUGCAGCAGCAGUUGCAUGAACUGCAGCUCCACCAGAUGCAACAACAGCUCCGAAACCAGCUGGCGGCGCAGCAGCAGCAGCAACACCGGCAUCAGUACCCGCCUUUGCCACAGGACGCCUUUGGGCCCUCCUUGCAUGGAGGGGACUUCCGCAACGGUGGUGGCCACCGCGCAGGCGACGACAGCAGCGCCAGCAGCGAGGGCUACGGGGGCCGCGGCGGCGUCGGUGGGAUGGAGGAAGGCGCGGGUGGCGAGGCAGCUGGCGGCGGCGGUGCGGACGUCAUGGGCGGCUUUGGGGCCGCGGGUCCUAGCGCUGGCGGGCCCUCCAGCUCGGGUCCCAGUGGUAUGCUGGGAGUCGACAGCACCGUGUUGAUGCAGCUGAUCAGCGCGCCGCUGCCGCCCCACAUCCAGGAGCAGUGCGGCAUGAUUGGGCGCCUCAUCGGCCGGACCUCCACGCUUCGGCUGAUAAACAGCUUGUUUAACCAUUGGUCGGGGCCGGAGGGGGGUGAGGCGGACCCGCUUGCCGCCGCGCUUAAUGCAAUGGCUGGCAGGAAUGGGGGCCCGCCAGAUGACCUGGACGGGCGGCUAGCAGGGGCAGCCGCUGCGGCCGCAGCCAACGGCCGGGGAGCUGGGCCAGCUGAUGCUGGCCGGCAGUACCGGCGGCGCGGGCCUUACAACGACGCAUAUGACGGGGAGGAGGAGGACGAAGAAGAGGAGGAGGAGGAGGAACGGCGGUACCGUCAGCGCCGGCGCCGGCGGCACCGAUAUGAGGAGGAGGAGGAGGAGGAGGAUGAAGGAGACGAGCAGGAGCAAUGGGGGCGGCCUAGGGGCCGGUCGGCGGCAUCGGCAGCCCGGCGCCCGAGGAGGCCCGCGGGCAGGGGCUUGGAUUCUGGCGACGACGGAGAGGACCGGGGUCGCCGACCCGGCGGGAGGGGAGCUGCCAGGAGGUCAGAGAUGUUUGAGGACGAGGAGGAGGAGGCGUUGGGCCGCUCUCCCAGGCGGCAAGACUACGAGAGGCGGCCACACCGGCAGCCGCAGCAGCGGCGACAGACCGCGGACAUGCGUUUCGGGUCGCCGUCCAAGUGGAGAGACGCGGCAGACGGCGACACCCUGCGACGCGGUGGCGGCGGCCCCACCGGCCCCACCGCGACGCCGGAUCGCAAGCGCGGCCGCGAGGAGUUGUCCCCCGGCAGCGGUGGCGGCGGCGGACAGAAGAAGCUGCCUCGUAGGAUGAGCCACAUGCUCCAGAACAUGCUCUCCUUCGGUCGCCGGGACCCCGGCCUGGUCGCGAACGGCAUCGAAGGAGGCGACGACGACGGCCAUGGCGGCAAUGCUCCUCUAGGUCUGGGUCCGUUUGGUGGUUUCGGAGCCGGCGGUGGCGGCGGCGGCUCUCUUGGGCUGGGGCAACACAGCAUGGGUCUGGAGCAAGCCCUCGCCGACAUGGCGGCAGCCGCGACAGGCGGGGGUCUGGAUGACGGCGGCCUGGGGGCGGCAGCCGCUGCGAACCUGCUGUUGGGUUUGGACAGCCGGGGGGUGAACGGGAUGCCUAGCUGGCCGCCGCGCAGAGGGCCGGAUGCGAGGGAGGCAGGGG